UCUUCUCCUUUGUCUAUUUAUUUCUAGAUAAAAGAGACGAACUUAUAACGUCGUUUUGAAAGCAGAGCCCCCUCCCUCUCUAGUCUCAAGUCUCUAGCCUGUCUCAGACCUUGGAAUUCUAUCUAUUUUUCCCGAUGUUUCUCUGCUAUUUUGGGUUUCGUUUGCAAGAAAACUCAAAUCCUUGCUUCUUCUUUUAGCUUUUGUUUAUUUUGUGACUGUAAUCCCCCAAAGCAAGCCCUUUUUGUAUGGCGGAGUUUCCUCCGAAUUUGGACGAUGGAGAAGUGUGGCUUCCCUCCGAUAUUUUUCUCAACGAAGUAGUGCCGGCUUCCAGUCUCAGCCACCGUAACUUAUCUUGCGUGGACGACCUCGCUGAACGUUUCGCUGCUUUCGCGUUGCUCCAGCAUCGCCGAAGCGUUUUCAAUGCUCCCCGCAAUCUGUCCCCAAACUUGGAGUGGUUCAGACCAGAGGUUCAAAAGUUCGGUACGAUUAGUCGUGUGCCACAGGAAUAUAUGAGCCCCAACGGCGGUUAUGAAAACACCAGUCGCGGUCUAUGCGGGUGCGGAGCCAGGCCCUACUCUCCCGUAAACAAACUGCUCUACGAGUACCAGCUCCUGCAACCAUCUCAACCUAAGGCUGUUGUUGACGGCUUAAGCGCGAGGGUCCUGCGGAAUCGGCAAAACCGCCUUCAAAAUCGCCUUUUGCCGUUUCAGGGAAGUACUGGGUUUGGGCUUAGUGGUGGCUUCGUAAAAGAGUCUGGUGGGACAGGUGUCUUCAUUCCCCGUAUUUUGAACACCUCCGCCACCACAAGUGCCGUCGCUAGUGAUACAAGAAAGCGAAAGGUGGAGGUAAAGCAUGAAGGGUUUGCUGGGAAAUAAGGAAAGCAUAGUUAUGAGAAAUGAACAGGAGAUUCAGGUAACGGGGACCUCCCUCAAAGGAAUUGAUGUAGCCAAGCAAAGGGAAAGUCAUCGCUAUCUUCCUCCUGAGAUGAGUUUGCCUCAGGACUGGACUUACUGAACUCAUCUACUACAAACUCGUUUUUGCUGUAAAGUGAUCUUCUGGCUUGAGGAUGAUAUUAAGUAGAGCUCAAGGAAAGAAGAAUGGAAGGUCAAAAUAAUCUUUUGGGUAUCGUGCAGUAAAGCUAAAAAAAUGGAAGUUCAGAGAACUUAGGUUUGCUUUUCUUCCCGAUGCUUACCUUUUGUUGAAAUAAAUAAAUAAGAGUGCUUGGAAGGUUGUCUUUGUACGUAGGAAAUUGAACUGUUUCCUCAGCUGGGUAGUUUAUUAGUAGGCUAAUAGUAUAUUAGUAGGAAAAUCAUAAAUUAGUGUAAUAAUUUGAUAUUUCUUGGAAGACCCUCCCUUUAUUCUGUUUGUUAGUGAUUUAUCUUUUGUGGCAUUUAAUGUUAAUGACAGAUGGGGGAGUGGACAUGCCCCCCAAAAGCUCUUUUUGCCUUUUCGUUUGGUUUACA